GGCCCCACCUCGCAGCCCCAAAUCCCCCCUCCUUUCCGAUUCCAAAUGUCUUCCUCCUCCGAGCUCGUCCUCUACAACCUCGUCCCCGCCCCCCAAACCCUAAACCCUCCCCCACCCCACGCCCCCGCCGCCGCCGUCUCCGGCGACCUCACCAUCUCCACCGCCGUCGCGGCGCCGCCCCAGGAACCUCUCCGCGGCCGGGCCCGCCGCCCGGCGAGGUCCUCCGCCGACCGCCACGCCAAGGUCGCCGGCCGCGGCCGCCGGGUCCGCAUCCCGGCCAUGGUGGCGGCACGCGUGUUCCAGCUCACGCGCGAGCUCGGCCAUCGCACCGACGGCGAGACCAUCGAGUGGCUGCUCCGCCAGGCCGAGCCAUCCAUCAUCGCCGCCACCGGCACCGGCGUCACGCCCGAGGAGGCGCCCUCCGCCCUCGUCCCCGUAUCCCCCGCGGCGGCCACCGCGUCCCUGAUGCACGUCCCGUACUACACCGCGCUCCUCAUGCAGCCGCCGCCCACCGCCGAUUCCGCAUCCGGCUCUGGCGCUGCCGCUGAGGAGAAUAAUAACUAGGUUAGGUAGAAGAAUAUUCUAAGAGUUAGGGCUGUAAUGUUAGUCAUUAGUUUAGGUUUUCUUAUGUGUGCUCCGUAAUCGUGGCAUACCCCCUCAAUAAUUAACUUAUUACCUUGGGGUAUGCCACGGAUGAGUUCCUUAGAUUGUCAAGUUAUUUAGGCAGAUAAUGGAUUGAGAUGGUAACCGCAGAAGAGGGAGAAACGACAUUUAAGCAGUUGUUGAGUUCUGCUGAUGUUGGGAACAAAGUCUGACGUCUUGUGGUGCUUCAGUUGAAUCUGAAUGUUCCUUUUGCUUCUGUACAUGGUUAGUUGCUUUCUUAUUUGUCCUGACUACCAGCUGCAUUUAGUUUCUAGCCCAGGAAUUUGUCCUGAUGCUUAUUCUUAGGGCCAGGUGGUACGGUGGUAGUGGAAGUUUGAAAGCUAUCAAAUUAUCUAUUGCUUACUGUCCUGGUGUCUAUAUUCUGUUCUGUGCAUUUUCCAAAUGUAAAUGCAGUGACUGCUAGAAAGAGAUUACCUGCUGUUUUGUU